AUGGCCACCGAGACUCGGGCUGGCGGGGACUCAGCGCUGCGCCGCCUCCUGAGGCUGCACCGCACGGAGAUCGCCAUGGCCGUGGACAGCGCCUUCCCGCUGCUUCACGCGCUGGUAGACCAUGACGUGGUCCCUGAGGACAAGUUCCAGGAGACCCUGCGUCUGAAGGAGAAGGAGGGCUGCCCCCAGGCCUUCCACGCCCUCCUGUCCUGGCUCCUGACCCAAGACGCGGCCGCCAUCCUGGACUUCUGGAGGGUUCUCUUCAAGGACUACAACCUGGAGCGGUAUGGUCGGCUGCGGCCCAUCCUGGACAGCUUCCCCAAAGAUGUGGACCUGAGCCAGCCCCGGAAGGGCAGGAAGCCCCCCAUCAGCCCCAAGGUCUCGGUGCUGCCUCCCAGACCCCCCACCAAGAGGAAGGCCCCAGAGGAGCCUCGAGCCGCCCCAGCAGCCCUGACCCCAAGGGGCACCUCCAGCCCAGGCUCCCAACUGAAAGCCAAGCCAAAGAAGCCAGAGGGCACCUCCGAGUCACAGCGCCUUCCCCUGGGGAAUGGAAUUCAGACCAUGUCUGCUGCGGUCCAGAGAACUGUGGCUGUGUCCUCUGGGGACAUUCCAGGGGCCCGUGGGGCCAUGGAGGGGAUCCUCAUCCAGCAGGUGUUUGGGUCAGGGGGCUCCAAGAAGUGCAUCCAGGUUGGGGGGGAGUUUUACACUCCCAGCAAGUUUGAAGACCCUGUCGGUGGUGGGAAGAACAAGGCUCGAAGUGGUGGUGGCCCGAAGCCUCUGGUCCGAGCCAAGGGCGCCCAGGGCGCUGCCCCGGGUGGAGGUGAGCCGAGGAUGAGGCAGCAGGACAGGGUCCCCGUCCUUCCAGCCAUCCUGGGUGAGCCCCAACUCCAGCAGAAGAACGAAGACGAGUGUGCCGUGUGCCGGGACGGCGGGGAGCUCAUCUGCUGUGACGGCUGCCCCCGCGCCUUCCACCUGGCCUGCCUGUCCCCUCCACUGCAGGGGGUGCCCAGUGGCACCUGGAGGUGCUCACGCUGCCUCCAGGGGAGAGUCCAGCAGGGCCUGCCCCAGGACGAGGAGCACCAGCCUCCAGAGCCACCUGCGGAGCCCACGGUCCCCCUGGGACUGAGGCCAGCAGGAGAGGAAGUGAGAGGCCUGCCCAGGGAGCCACCCCCUGCUGUGGACACUGCUCUCACCUAUGCACACCUGCUUGCCCCACCUCCCACAGUCACCCUGCCAGUGCUGGAGCCCUCUGCUCUGUGCCCCUCCCUGAUGAGUGCCAACCCAGAGGGGCAGCAGGGUCCCGCGCCCGGAGCGCGGUGCGGAGUGUGCGGGGACGGGACUGACGCGCUGCGGUGCGCGCACUGCGCCGCCGCCUUCCACUGGCGCUGCCAUUUCCCGGCAGCAGCCGCCGGGCCGGGGACCCGCCUGCGCUGCAAAUCCUGCUCCGGAGACCCGGGCCCCGCCCCCGGGGAGGGAGCGCCCGCCCCCAGCCCCGCCCGCCCGGCCCCCGGGCCGGCCAAGGUGGCAGAUGACUCUGCUGGUCACGAGCCCGUUCUGCACAGGGAUGACCUGGAGUCCCUCCUGAGUGAGCAUUCUUUCGACGGCAUCCUGCAGUGGGCCAUACAGAGCAUGUCCCGCCCGCUAGCCGAGGCACCCCCGUUCUCCUCCUGAUCCAGGAUGGCCCAGGACCCUGUGCCCACAUGGUGGAUGAUGCUGAGCACGCACUCACAUGCAGGGGCUCCUAGAGGACAGAGGGGGACAUGGGCAGGUCGGGCCAGGGCCAGGAAGAACUGGAGAGUUCCAAGUGCUGGCGAUGCUGGUCUUUGGGGGACACAAGACCAUCGUGUGUCCUGACAUUAAAACCACUUCUGUGGGGCCUGCGGGACUUCGUGCUGGCCUCCGCGGGUGUGCUCCUGCUGCCUGAGGCGCAGGCCGCUGCCUGGAAGCCCCAGGGAAGCUCGCAGGGCAGGGAGCCGCUCCUGUGCCCCUGUAGCAACGUCUGGGUCCUUUGUGGCCCCCAAGACCUUGUGGGGCCUGGUUCCUCCUCUACCCCCAGGACCCUCCUGGUGCCCCUUCCUCUCUCACAAACUCCAGAGGCCAAGCUCAGACCAGUCACGGCGGCCAUGGCGGUUCUCUGUGCUGCCUGCCCCCUGGUGCCGCGCGGGGCUCGAGGUCCCUGAGAUCAGCCCAGCCUGGCUCCCUCCUCCAGAAGCCGGGGACACAUCUUCUGGGUGCCCAGCGUUCCCAGUCUUAGGGCUCCCAGGGGGCUCCCAGUGGAGGGAGGAAUCGCACGAGCAAGGCAGUGACCUCAGACAGGUCGACUGCUGGGACACACAGACCAGGAAGGGGCCAGAGGGGCAGAGUGCCCUGCGAUCUGGGCUGGAGAGCCCUGGAGGGGAGAGGAGCCGGGGGCGGGCUGGGCCGAGGGCACGGCAAGGCCAGGCCUGUCCUGCUGGAGCCGCAUGGCCUGUCUGCAGGACGGACUCGAGAUCAUGGGACUGGGCACAGCCAGCCAUGGUGGGGGCAGGGACAAUGGGACAGGGCUGCGCCUUAGUUUAUCACAGUAGCUGCCACAGCACUGCCUUGACUUCUGUCCUAGUUCUGACCGUCCCCUACUGGAGUGUGGCUUGGGAGGGGCCCUUGCCCAGCUCCGGGCCACAUCCCCAGGUGGAGGAGAUGACAGAGCCCUGGUAGCACCCACCGCAGACCUGUGUCAGUGCCCAGAUGGGGGUCAAAGGCCGGCAGGCCCCGCCAGGCAUGGGCCACCUGCUGGUCUCCUCCUGCCUGCCUUGGAAGGGCUCAGGCAGGGAGCCACAGCUGGAGGUGACAGCAAGGACACGCAGUCCUUGGCCCCUCAGGCCACCACUCCCAGAGGCCACCACUCUUCACAUGCAUUGGGGGCGAGAUGGAGGGACCAUGGGGCAGGUCAGGGAGCUGCCCAGGCCAUUCCGCACCAAGGAAGUCCCGUCCACGAGCGCCCACAGCCCCCGCCUUCCUCCUCCGUCACGCCCUGGCCAGGAAGUCCUCUAGCCCAGUCCCAGGAGCGCCUGGCGUCCUCUCAGCACGGGGCGGCGCUGGCUCUGCUGGGUCUCACAGCGGGUCCGGGGACACUGGAGACCUGGCUUCCCCGAGUCCCUCUGCAGACAGCGGCUGCGGCCUCCCCAGGGCCCAGGGCUCCCUUUCUGGGGCGGCUGGCUUCCACCUGCGCCGUUUCCUCCACUUGCCGGCUGCUCUAGUGGCUAGAACCCAGUCCCGACCUCCCUGACUAACCACACGCGGGCUCGGCUCGUGGGCGGGCUGGGGCUCUCUGCCAGUGCGGUUCGGUUAGGUCAGAAACCGCGAGACUCCAGUUCUGGGAUGUGUGGAGGGAGGUGCAGGUUGACUCCCCCUGGACCUGGGGAUGACAGCGGGGGGCCAAGGAGGCUGGGGCAGGGCCCCUCGGGACUUGGCGGUGUCUUAGAAGUCCCCGCUCCUGGUGGCAAGCGUGCCUCCUUUCACCAUUGUCUCCAUUUAGCAUUUCGAAAAGGAACAAAAAUCACCGAUCCUGAGGUGUUGCUCAGCAGUACAGCACGUGCCUAACGUUGGCAAGGCCCUGGGUUCACCCCCAGCCCUGGAAAAAAGCAAAAGAGAAAGAGAGAGAAAAAGCCCGACCCAAUCCCGCCCGCCUCAGGCAGGACCUCGGGUUCCACAGCCCUGGCUCGUCCUCUGCGGAAGCUUCUGGGUGCCGUAUGCUGCUCCUGCCCGUCCGUGUGGGGGAGGUCGUCUCCUUCAUCCAGUGCCCUCCACUGCUCAGAGGGUGUCUGCCCACGACAGCGUCCAGUGUCUGCCAACAGAGUGAGCAGCAGGUGCAGACAUGAUAGACCCACUGGAACCUGCAAGCUGCUCCCUCCUCAGAGCCGCCCACAGAACCCGUGGCGCUGUCUGACUUUCCUGGGGCCUCAAGUCCCAGGUGCCCAUCUCUCAGUCCUGCAGGCUGGCCUCAGGGAUCAAGAUGGGGAGGUGGCCUCUCCUCCUUGGCUUGUGGAUGGCCUCGUCCCCCUGUGCCCUCCCGGGGUCAUCCCCUUCUUAAAAGGCCUCAGGUGGGAUUAGGGCCCCCCCUCGCAACCUCACCUGGAAGACCCUGUCUCCAACUAGUCACAUUCUGAGGUACUGCAGGCUAGGGCUUCAGCACAUGGAUUUGGGGACUGUCCUGGACCACACCUGAGUCAGCCUCUUGUGGGUUCUUGACUUGACCUUGACCUCGGGCUCUGUCCUUGGCCCCAUAAUCCAGUUUUAGCAAGAGCCCUGCACAGUCAGCUUAGAGUAUGUCUCCUGGAAUUCAAUCUCCCCGUUUGCUGAUCAGAUCCCCCUCCCUCAUCCUGGAUGGCCGAUCACCCCAGCCUGCCUUCAGCAAGGAUCUGUUGUCAGCUCGGUCACAGUCCCGUCCUUGAUGUCUCUGGAGAGCAAGCCUCCACCGGCCACCGUGCCCUGCUGCGUGGCUCUAAGUCCUUGCUGGCCCUGUGGGUUUGGCCCUGAGUGCCAUCUCACUCUGCUGCAGUAGGCCCCUGUGUUUGACAGCUUUUCUUCACUGUGAAAAAAUGCCUGAUAAAAGCAACUUAGAAAAGGAAAGAUCUAAUUU